AUGAUGGCGGCAGCGGGAUGCGGAUCAGCAACCGCGGCUGCCGUAGGAAGCGCAGGCGGUGUGGGUGCGGCGCGGGGUCGCUUUCCGGCUCGGCCUUGGUCGUCGCGCAGCCGUUUGCGCUCGGAGAAGCGAUGGCAGCUUGGUCGCUCCGGAACAGAGCAAGACGAAAUUUCCAACGGAGGCCCGAGGCCCACCUGCCUGGUCUUUGCGUGUAACGAGGACCAGUCUCACUUGCGCUUACUCGGGAUAGAGGCAAGCUACAGGAGCCUCGGGGAAGCGGGCUACAGCUCGAGUGGAAGUGAAGAGGGAGCUGAAUUCAGAGGCUUUGAAGCUGAAAAUGAUUGCAGCAGUGUUCCUGAGCAAUUGAGACGGAAUCCUCCCAAACGGAAUCGUGCGUCAACAAAAUCAAAGAGGAUACGUCGGAGACCAGUUCCUGCAACAGCCACAGUUGUAGAGAGUGACCAGACACUUCAGAAUGAGUUAGGAUCUACACAAGAAGCAUUCAGUAAUGAGGCUUGUAUUGCUAUGUUAUUGGACAACAGUGGUACUAGCUCAGAUAAGCUCUCAAGACCCAGACGAAAAAGAGGCUCUGCAAAAGAGGAGAUGCCAUCAACUCCAAGGAUCACCAUCAAGUUGAUGACUAAAAAGAGAGUGAAGUUGGCCGCAUCAUUACAGCAGAAACCAGAAAGAAAACAAAAGGGAGGGAAAAUCCUAUCUGAAGCGGAGGAAGCCCAGUGUGCCAUAGUGUCUUGUGCGCAUGUAAAAUUAAAGAAAGAUAGCCAGGCUACAGAUAGUACUUCAGGUGAGGUGAAGGAAGAGAUUAAUACAAGAAGACGGGGAAGGUCUGCCGACAAAAAAAUAGCAACCACCCCUAAGGGUGGGGCUGAAACAGAGGCUGAUGACCAAAAACCAGAGGAGAAGUUGAGGAAGUCUGCCCGAAGGUCUCAAGCUACAUCAUCUAGUGUUGCUCUAGAGCCAAAAAGUGAUGUAAAGAAAGCAGAACCAACCGACAGUGUGUCUAAAGAGAAUGCUGAAGUUCGCAAGCUGGUGAUACGGAGACGGCACAGAACAGAUUCAAGUCACACUCCAGAAUCGGGGGACUAUAAUAAUGAGGCCACCUUAGCGGAGUCAUUAUUGGAGGUGUCUGCAAUUGAGGAAUCUAAUUCACUUUCCAGGAAGAAAAAGGAAAAAAGAAAGAAGAGGAGUCGUAAAGAGAAGGUUACAGAAAAGGUUGGCGAUACCCAUGAUGUUUUGUCUGAGCAGCCAUCUGGUGACUCUCCUGAGAUGCAGUCCAUUGAGAAAGAGUUUGUAGGAAUUCCAGGUUUAAAGCUAACAAGAAUACGGAACCCAAAAGCCAGGUCACGUAAAAAACGCAGUAAAUUUGUUUGGACCUUAACACUGGUUAAGUGCAAAAACAGAAAUAUAUGUCCACAAAACCAAGAAAAUGUCAGCAAAGCACCAGAAGGCCUUAGCAAAGAUCCUGGACAGCUGUCAAAAUCUGCGGAGAGAUUAGAUGAAUCUACACUAGGCACACCUAAAACUUCAGAAAUUAACACUCCACAGGAGUCAGAAAAUAAAGAACACACUGUUAAUGUUGAUGCAGAGACCAUCUUAGUUCCGGACAACAUUAAAAAAGAUGAGGAGACCUCGAUGAAGUUUGUUGAGGAGACUUCAAAUGGUGAGGAGUCGUCUGUUAGAUCUGAAGUUGAAAAACAUCCUGAGGAGGCCACACAGACAGAUUCAGGUGAUCUGAUCGAGAAAGCUUUCAUUCCUCCACUUCAGAUCAAAGUUGUUUCCUCACCAGGAAAACACAACAGUUUAAAGCAGUCAUUUUUAAUACAGCAAGUCACAAAGGCACCUGGUCUGAAAAAACUUUCUGCGGAACCUGAUCAAUCCUCAGCAACAAAUGAUCUGCUGAUUCCCAAGGUAAGGCACAGAUUGAGUCUAAACACUGCCCGAAAAAAGCGCGCAAGGCAUAAGCCUUGGACAGUUUACAAGCGUAAAUCAAAAAGUACUUCUGAUGAUAACUCUCAUUCUGAAAUCAAUGCUGAAAUGAAAAUUGCAGCCACUGAAACUGAAACCAAGUCAGAGGAAUUCCCAUCCUAUGAGCAGUCGGAACCGGAGGAAUUGCUAACAUCGUGUGAAAAAUCUAAACCAAGGAAGUGUUCUGGUGAAGCUGGUCUCACAAGAAGAAGAAGAAGAAGAAGAAGAUCUGCUAUGAGAUUUGAAACACCUCUGCCUGAGCCAGCAGAACCCACAAGCAUCAACUGUGCUACAACACAACCUCUUUCUGUGACAGAAAUACAACCAGAGAUUAAGACUGAGGAGACACCAUCAGUUGAGGAUGCUGAAAUCUUGGUUUUAGAGCCUCCAAUAUCUGAUCAAGCACUGCCUUCUCAUAAUGUUCGACGAUUUUUCAAAGGGAAAAAAAGGCGUAGAGCUUUAAUAGGACAGCGAGUUAAGACUCACAAACAAAAGUUGCCACCAAGGCCCUUGACAGCAGGUGAUGCUUCCUCACCCGGAGCUUUCUCUGUGUUAUGUAUGCCAACUAGUUUUAACCGUGCUGAUUCAAAGUACAAGCGGAGGCAGAUUUAUCCUGGUCUUUCUCAGUCAUUAGAAGGCAAAAGAAGGAGGGUGAAGUUUUUAGCUGGACAAGUGGAACAAGACCUUGUGGUUCAGAGUUUCGAUCAGGAUGAAAAGGUCUCUAUGAAUGAAAAAACUGAUUUAGAUUCAGUUGAUGUAGUGCCAGGAAAAACAAAGUUUCUUAAAAAUAUAAAGCAUUUUAUAAUGCCUGUUGUUAGUGCUCGGUCCUCUCGUGUGAUCAAAACACCAAAAAGGUUUAUGGAUGAUGCCGACAUGUCAGAUUUGCCACGGAGGAAUUCACAGAAGAAAGGGCACCAGCUGGGAUUGCAUCCAAAGUCAAAGAAACGAGAUAAUGGUGACAGAAUUGAGCCUGGCUCCCUUCCUGUGCAGGAUGAAGAGGAUCUUCUCACUGAAGCUCAGUUAGAUCUUGAUUUGUCUUCUGAAGAAUCUAAGCCUGAGCAAAUAGAUGAGACAGAGAGCUUAGGUGGAGAAAAGUUCCCAGGCAAGAGGCGAUCACUGCUCAGAGACCCAAGUUUCAAUUGGCAAGUACUCGAACCUGCAGGGGCAGAUGUGUACAACUUUGACCAGGACAUUGAAAAAGAGUUUGGAGCUCUGUUGUCUUCCAAAGACUUCUCAUUUGAUUCAGUAAUUGAUCCUCCACAGCAGAAGAAAAAGACAACAAAAUUCAAAAAGCAAUCAUCAAAUCUGAGGAUAUAUAAGAAGCUGAAAGAUAAACUAAACUAUGCCCCCAGAAGACGGCGAAAAAAGGUUCCAGGAGGUGAAAUGGGAAAGAAUGUUUUACACCUUGCAGAAGCGCAAAAGGGGCAGUUGGAGGGAGAAGCCAGCUUAAUUCAGCCUCUCUCUAACAUUAAGAAAGAAAAAGCUAAGCUGAAGAUUGAGGAUCUUGACACCCCAGGGGUUGUUCGUAAAGUGUCCAUCUGCGUUCGCGCUCUCAGCUCCAAGUUACUGACAAAACAGCAGGAAGAACAGGUGGAGGAUAUGCCAGAUGAAUUCUCUAUCCAUACAGACAUUUCACUUCCCAACAAAUCUAUGGACAUAGAGAGAAUGCUUAGAGCUGAAUCAAGAGACCAGAAAACAGGAGGUCCGGAUCAGAAGAUUACAGGGGAUGCCAUUGACUCAGGGGAGAGAAGUGCCACUCAGCGUCCCCAUCUCACAGGUGCCAACAAGCGCAUGUUCAACCUUCUCAAGAAAGCCAAGGUUCAGCUCAUCAAGAUUGAUCAACAGAAACAGCUCAAGUCAUCAGGGCUCCUCUCAGAAGGCGGAAUCGCAGCUACGAAGAGACGGCGGAGGAAACUGAAGGAGCGUCCCCAGAGUGCGUGCCCCAGCAAGACUGAGGCCACUGUUGAACAGGAGCCUAGCAGAGGGGGGCCGCGCAUCAAGCACGUAUGCAGAGCGGCGGCUGUGGUCCUGGGGCAGCCUCGGGCCACGGUCCCAGAUGACAUCCCCAGGCUCAGUGCUCUACCACUGCAUGAGCGUUCUGGCAUAUCGCCAUCACCUGCUGCCAAGGAUGUGGAAUCACACUCUGACCCAGACAGCCCAGUUCUGCAAGAGCAGAGGACACCCAGAUUUCGCAGAGGGGGUAGAGCCAAUUUAUUUGGGAUCCGGUCUCGGAGGUGUGGGGAAUGUAAGGGCUGCCUUCAUGAAGAGGACUGCGGCAAGUGCAUCAAUUGCCUCGACAAGCCUAAGUUUGGUGGGCCCAACACCAAGAGACAGUGCUGUGUGUACAAAAGGUGUGAUCAGAUUGAAGAAAGGAAGGCCAUGAGACUCAGUGGCAAGCUCUAUAAAGGGCACAUGAAAAGGCGACGCUGGUCAUUCAGCGCUGGGCAGUCGAGUAACGAAGAGGGGGAGGGGCAGGAGGGGCCCGACCGCUCCUCACCCACCUCUAUGGGUGAUAGCCAGAGCCCAUCUUUGCGGAAGCAGCCCCGACGUCACGUUAAACCGCGCUCCUAUUGUGAUUUGCUGGAUUACGACUCGGACCUUGAUUGCAACCGAACGCCUCACUCCACCUCCCCAGCUCGGAGGAGAGCUCCUGGUCCUCGCAAUGCAGACUUCGUGUCCCUGGAUGACUUCCUUGGAGAUGGUCUUGAAGAAGGUAUACGACACCGUAGGCCUGGAUUCCACAGGGUUCCACCCAUCAGACGGAAAGCCGAGAAGAGCCCGCAGGAGGAAACCCCACCCAGUGUCCUGGCAGCCUUGGCUAAUGGCUUUGCCCAGAGAGAGAAUGAGCCCUCUGAGCCCACAUACAAGAUCCGGGUUGAUUUUAAAGAGGACUGUAGCCUACAAAGUGUGUGGUCUGCAGGAGGCAUGAGCGUUCUGGCCUCUGUGCCUCUCAUGCCUCAGUGUGUGUGCUUGCUCUGUGCCAGUAAAGGACAACAUGAGAUGCUGUUCUGUCAAGUGUGUUGUGAGCCUUUCCAUCACUUCUGCUUGGAGCCAUCAGAGCGCCCUCAGGAGGAGAAUAAGGAGAACUGGUGCUGUCGUCGCUGCAGAUUCUGCCGUGUGUGUGGUCGCAAGAACAAGCCCUCCAAACCCCUGCUUGAAUGUGAGCGAUGUCAGAACAGUUAUCACCCCGCCUGUCUUGGCCCCAACUACCCCAAACCCAACAAGCGCAAGAGGGCGUGGGUGUGUAUGACAUGCAUCAGAUGCAAGAGCUGUGGCGUGACCCCGGGAAAAAGCUGGGACACGGAAUGGAACCACGAUAAGGGCUUCUGCCCUGACUGCACCAGGCUCUAUGACAAGGGCAAUUACUGCACAAUGUGCUUCAAGUGCUAUGAGGACAACGACUAUGAGAGUCAAAUGAUGCAGUGUUCGACGUGUAACCACUGGGUCCAUGCCAAGUGUGAAGGGCUGACGGAUGAUCUGUAUGAGAUCCUUUCGAGCUUGCCUGAGAGUGUGGUGUACUCAUGCCAGCCCUGCACUCGAGUGCAGCCUUGCGGAGGCCAGGGGAGCGAGGAGACGGGAGGGUGGAGGGAGCUCCUGCUCUUGGAGCUUAGGGCUGGUGUAGAGAAGGUGCUCGCCUGCCUCCUCAGCUCCACUCUCACUCAGCAUCUGGUGACCUGCAAGGAGUGUGCAAUGCUUGAUGAUACUGAUGGUGGAGAUGAUGGAGAGGAUGGGCUGCACGUUUGUGAUUUUCGUGCUGUGGGAAAAAAGUUUGACAAAGGCCUUUAUACAACACUGAAAGCUUUCCAUGAAGAUGUAGUAAAAGUGAUUCGCAGAAAGCUGGAGGAAGAGGAAGCCCUCCCAGAGCCCCAGAGACCAACAGCUCUUGCUCGCUCUUAUUAUUUGAAGCUGAUGGAGGAGGUUUUCAGCUGGUUCAACAGUCAAGAUGCUAAAGUCUGGGAUCCACCUUCCAAACACUUGCCACCUGGGAUGCUCUCUCAUGCUGUGGUGCCCCCCACAAAUGAGCAUAUAUAUGCACAGUGGCAGGAGCGAGAAGAGAAGAACAGGCCAGUGACCAGUGGCAAGCAAUCAUUAGGAGGGUACUCUGAGGUCAAAGGGGAAGAUGGGACAGAUCUCUCGACCCCUCUGUCCCACAAGCCUCUCAGCAGCCAAUACAGUCACUUGAGGAGUAUAAGGAUCAAGCUAAAAGGGAAAAAAGGACGACCAUCUAAAGCUGAUCUGGACACCGGAUGGUCGAAAGAGGAUGAGCGGCAGUGUGCUUUGUGUCAGAAGUACGGAGAUGCAAAACCCAGUGAGGCAGGUCGACUACUUUACCUUGGCCAGAAUGAAUGGGCUCACGUCAACUGUUCCAUGUGGUCAGCAGAGGUGUUCGAAGAGGAUAAUGGCUGCCUGAUGCAUGUGCAUAGUGCUGUUGCAAGGGGUCGUCUUAUGCGCUGUGAAAGAUGUAACCAGACUGGGGCAACAGUGGGCUGCUGCCUCACAUCAUGCCAGAGCAACUACCACUUCAUGUGCGCACGUUCCCGUAACUGUGUCUUCCAGGAUGAUAAGAGAGUCUUCUGUUACAAGCAUCGUGACCUCAUCAGUGGAAAAAUUAUUACUGGACAAGGGUUUGAAGUUCUUCGGAGGGUCUUUGUGGACUUUGAGGGUAUUAGCCUUCGCCGGAAGUUUUUGACUGGAUUGGAACCAGAAUAUAUUAAUAUGAUGAUUGGCUCUCUUCAGGUCAAGAAACUCGGCAAGUUGAAUGAGUUAUCCGCUAGUCUAGGAAAACUUUUCCCUGUGGGUUAUGAAUGUUCACGCUGGUACUGGAGCACUGUAAAUCCAUGUCGGCGCUGCAAGUACACUUGCCGAGUCAUGGAGGUACGACCACCGGUUCAGGAAAAACCAGUGGAAGAAUUACCCGACCAGGGCGACAAUCGCACAAUUGCCCACAGCCCAUGCCCCCAGUCAGAACUUGAUGAUAUACAGGGCGCCAUGACACCAGCAAAUCCCAGUUCAGUAACCCCCUUUGCUAAGCCAGAGGUCAGCAGUCGACCCAAAAUCUCUACCUACCCUCAGAAUAGAAGACCAGCUGGAGGACUGUCUAGACCACUACCAUCUCCAGGAGCUGCCCCUUCCAAGUCCCAUCACAUUUUGACCAUUAGUGAUCUAGACGAAACUCGCAGACCACGGAGGCACAGCCCACACUCACAGAAUACUGGGAUUCGUGGACACAUAACCUGCCCUACCUUGGGAUCUUCCACUGGCUCCAUUAGCCUUCGAGCUGGAGUCUCCCACCACUCUAAAUCCACCCAGCCUACCUCCCCAGUUUUCCCCCUUGGUGCUACUGAAAACCUGUUAACCUCCUCAUCAGCCCGGCCCGUGGGUCGAAGUGCUUCCUCUGCCCGGGGUUCCGGAUUACUAGUACCCCAUUCUACCUCAGGACUGUUUCCACAGCCCACAUGGCAAGGUGGCAUUGGCAGCACCCCUUCCUCUAACCGAUCUCUGUCCUCACCUACAAGACCGAGGCUGCCUUUUGAGCUUAAUCAGUUAGACUCGGCAGAACUGCCACAUAAUUUCAUGGCAUCUCCGCAAGAAUUUCCUGCAGAAAAUGGAACAUCACCCUUAGGAGACACUGUGGACUCACAGAGGGGUAGUCACCUGGUCACUGAUAAGGACUUCCCAUAUAACCCUUUCCACCUAGGACCAGAUCUGACUGAGGUAUCAGAACUGAAAACUGAGCUUGAGAUUGAGGAAGCGGUACUCAAUGAGGGAGUGGUCAUGAACUGUAGUGAGCAGAUUGUUGUUGAAGGUGAAGAAAACCAAGAGGAGUUUUGGGACAGGGAGGCAGAUGAUAUCAAGGAAAAGGUAUCAGCCAGACGAUUACCUUGUGCUACGGACCCCUGUAUAGAGGAUUGGGUAAACAGUUCUUCUGAUGAUGAGGAUAUGGGAAAUUAUUUUGACUUUUCCCGCACAAUAGUUGCAUGCAAGACGCCAAGAGAUCCAUCACACACUUCUUCAUCUGUAAGAUCAAUUUCACAGUUGGAUGGUAUCGAUGAUGGGACUGAGAGUGAUGCAAGUGUCACCAGCAGUAAUACUCAGAAUUUGAAGAACCCAGGUCAGGUUCAAAAACCACCCCAGUCUCUUGAUGUUCAGCAUCACAAACAGUGGACCAGUAAUGGGCUAUGUGUGGACUUGCCAAGUCCCGUCUUUCAUUCUUCAUCGAUUAGUAGUCAAACGCAACCUCCAGCCAAACCUUUUGGGUCGCUAUCUUUUGUUGGCACUGCUGAUAAAAGCUCCCCUAGUGAAACUCUUUCUAAUGAAAUCCCACAUCAGACUAAGGACACUGUUGAAUUAACUGUAUCCACAUCCUCCUCAAAUUACAGGAAAACAGGGUUCCAGGACACAUACCAGAGCACCAAUUUUGUCAGUCAGAACUUUCAGUCAGGUUCCCUGACAACCCCCCAAGAGACAAGUUUUGUUGUGCCAAAGGAGACAGAUACAACAUAUUCCACUUUCACCGAUGGCUUUCAAGCACCUGGUUUAGUUAUAGACUCUGGGAUACCCUUAGUUCUGGAGAGAUGUGACCCUCCCUCGCCCAAUGCCUGUUUUACAGAGUUGGUUCCAGUCCGGGAAGAUACUCAAGGUGACGCACAGGAAUCCGAAGACUCAAAGGAAAUCUACUUGGAUCAUAAUAGUGGGCACUUUGUUUCUUCUGCAGAUGGCUCCAUGAUUUACCCAAAUAGCUGUGUGACAGAAGCCACUGUCACAGAUCCAAUAAAUGGAGGCCAAACUCAAGUGCCAGAUGUGAAGCACCCAACUUCUACAGUCUCUACAGAAACGACCAGGUUUACAUCCUCAGUUCAGUCUUUGCAAACCACUCUGUCCUUGCAGCCUUCCUUUGUGUCAUUUUCAAAUUCUGCACCUUCUCCAAAUAUUUCUUUUUACCCUGUUCAAACCCCUGAAGGAAAAACAGUCCUCCCACCAAUGGAAAGCUUUAGAACCAAGUUGCUUUUACCUUCAGACAUAAGUCAGAAAGCUCCUUCAGCCCCUAGUGGAGUAAUGCCUUAUGUGCCUGCUGACUUGUCUCCCCAGCCAGAGUCAUUGCUUCCUGCACCAUCAGGCGCUGGAAUUCCUAUUGCAUCUCUUGGGCCAGUUUCAGGAACAUUGUCUGCUCCUGUGUACCCUACUUACGCGCAAUCUGUAGGCUCAGCAACAGUUACUGUAGUCCCCUCUGCAGCAUCCCAGCCUGCUCAGUGCCAGUCAGUGCCCUCUGUUAUUCAACCAACCUCUGGCCCUGUUGUUGUUAAUGGCUAUAGUUCAAUGCCUAUGCAAAGGGAAGCCACCCCAGGACGUACAAUUUCCAUAAACUUUUCAACUCCAAGACCAAUGCUUGAGCCUCAACAGCAGGUAGCUCAACCAUUACCAGGUCAUGCAAUUCUCACUGUGAAGGAGGUUGGGGGACCCAAUGUGGAUCCUACACCUCAUGUUUUACUUGUUAAUCGUCUUGGCCAAAUCUUUGUCAAAAACCCCGAAAGCAACACCUUCCAGCUGCCCACUCCCAACUCACCCUCCUACAACUGUGUUACACAGAUUGCCAACCUUCUGCAAAGUAAUGCUCUUUCUGCUACCCUGGCAGCAGCAGGCAACUUGCCCAUUGUUUCUGGAGCUGCCAUCCCAGCCCAAGUUUCCAGAAUGGUGACACCUGUGAUUCAGAAUUCCAAUACUAUCACCCAGCUCCUCACUGCUAAUAGCAAUGGAACAGCAGCCCCAAAGGAUAUUAAAAAGUCAAGGCGAAAUGCAAAAUCAUCUGCUGAUGGCACUGUACCAGGAAUGAAGAAGCCACGGAAAAAGAAGGAACCCUUGACGCCUUGGAAAUUGAAGUCUAGUACGGUGCCCAUUUCAUCUGGCAAGCCAGCAGACAAUCAUGCAGAGAGUGCUCAAGCCAUUAUCAACCAAGCUAUGGCCAGCUAUUAUGAUCCCAAUCGAAGUGGUGCCCGAAUUCUGAGCCCUUCCUCCCCUCAUAAUCCCAGUGUUGUAGGCAGAGCUCAGUCACUGAAUUCUGUAGUUCUACCUCCAGGCCUCCUCAUUGAACCAGAGUCCACAACCUCACCACCAGCUACCCCACAGUCAGUAUCUUCUAGACCAAAGCAAGUUCGAAUGAAGAGGGUGUCAUCUCUUUCUGACCGCAUUGCCACCAAGAAGUCAAAAUCUGACUUUUUAGAGCCAGAGGUGUCCAGUGGUCCAGAGGAUCAACGCAAAUUAAGUUCAGCUGCUAGCAGAUGUGGGGGAGUUCGCAUCAAAACUCCAACUGUUAAAGGGAUCCUAGACUUGGAUAAGCUCAAUGAGGAGCGAAGUAGUGACUCUGAGAAUGCAAGGCCAGGGCCCUGGGAUAAUUACUCAGUGUCCCGAGGUGUUGAUAGCAGUAAACCACAGGCCUGGGACACUACAGGGCGCAGUUCACUGUCUGACUGGAACAAGUACUCAGGGAUGAUGUCAUGCUCGGAUGAUGAAAUGCCUCCCUCAGAUGGUGAAGACUAUUUUCCACUUAGAGGAGACCAGCCCCACCUACGCUUUGAGAUCUCCAGUGAUGAUGGCUUCAGUGUAGAGUCAGACAGCAUUGAGGUGGCCUGGAGGGCAGUGACGGAUGGGGUACAGGAGGCCCGGGCGGCUGCCAGGCUGCGGCAGCUCUCGUUCACUGGUAUAACCGGUACGCGUAUGAUGGGGUUGUUGCACGAUGCUGUGGUGUACCUAGUGGAACAGCUCCAGGGGGCAAAGUGUUGCCAGCGUCACACUUUCCGCUUCCAUAAGCAGGCCAGCCAAGAGGAGGACCUGCCCAUUAACCCUAGUGGUUGUGCUCGCUCUGAGAUUUACUUGAGGAAGUCUACCUUCGACAUGUUCAACUUCCUAGCUUCCCAGCACAGACAGCUUCCUGACACUGACCUGUAUGAUGAAGAGGAGGAUGAAGUUCUUCUAAAAUCCAGCAGACGAGCCACAAGUUUGGAACUUCCAAUGGCAAUGCGCUUCAGACACCUAGAAAGGACAUCAAAAGAAGCUGUUGGUGUUUAUAGGUCUGCCAUUCAUGGACGAGGGCUGUUCUGCAAGAGAAACAUUGAAGCAGGUGAAAUGGUCAUCGAGUACUCUGGCAUAGUCAUUCGCUCUGUUCUGACAGACAAACGAGAGAAAUAUUAUGAUGGAAAGGGCAUUGGCUGCUACAUGUUUCGAAUUGACGACUUUGAAGUGGUGGACGCGACCAUGCAUGGCAAUGCAGCACGUUUCAUCAACCACUCGUGCGAGCCCAACUGCUACUCACGGGUGAUCAACGUGGAGGGCCAGAAGCAUAUCGUAAUUUUUGCGCUGCGCAAGAUUUACCGUGGGGAGGAGCUCACCUAUGACUACAAAUUCCCCAUCGAGGACGCCAGCAACAAGCUCAGCUGUAACUGUGGAGCCAGGCGGUGUCGACGUUUCUUAAACUGAGAGGAAAUCGCAGAGGAGUAUGGGGGCGGAUGCAAGGGUGACGAGUACACAGGCAAUAAAAUGGAGGUGGUCAUUAAAGGCAGCAGAGAUUCCCCGCAGAGACACUUUAAGGUGGGGUCUUUGCUAAAAAGUGCUGCAGGUUACCAGAAAGCUGCUGGGAUGAUCCAGGGAUAGCCAUGGUGCUGUCUAAACAGGGCACGAGCAUGUCAGCAGGAAUAGGGGAUGUCGCAGCACCCAGCUACCCAUCCACUGUAAUGUACGGUUCCUCAUCAGAGCAUGCCAGGGUGUAUUGCACAAUCAUAAUGUGCAUGGAACAGCAAAUGUGGUCACAGUUUCUGAGAGAACAAUUGAUUUCCUGUGUGAUUAUAAUGUAUUUCUCUUUAAAGGUUGUGCUUAGGCAUGCCUUCAUGUUCUGACCCCUUCUCUACUCCCACGUAGCAUUUAAGGCCAUAUCAUAAAGUAGGGACUUGGUGAAAGUGGCCAUCUCUUCUAUUACUAAUAAUCUCAAAUUGCACAUCCAGACAAUACAAAUUUGGCAUUGAGCCAGUUUAAGCAUUCUAUUUCUGUGUUGAAAUUAAAACCUACUCUCUUUGGGGUUGUGCAGAAAGAGCCGAUAUCUCUUGUCUGAUAAAACUUUCAAAGGGUCUGUGCAUCUUUAAACACGCUGCAACUGCACUCAGUAAAAUAGUGUCAGUACCAGCAGAUGGACCACUAAAGUGUUGGACUCUCGAGCUCUUCAAAGAGACUUCUGCAGCCCGUAACCUGUUUAAAUAUACUCCAAUACUGCAAAAGUGCAAAUUGAUGUAGUUUUGUGGCAGUGAGAAUAUUCUGUAAUGAAUAUAUAACUAAUCAAGAUAUAAACACACACUGAGAUGUUUGUGUGAUACUCAUGCUAUAACAUAGAAUAGAAUAGAUGUUUAGGAGAAAAAAAGGCUUUAUACUGCUCAGGAAGAUGCUGUGAACCCCUGCAAUACACCAUGUUGAUCCAUUCCGUUCAGAAAGCAUUCAGCAAGACAUUUUCCAUGGAACGCAUUGAAUCAGCCUGUAAAGUCUUUUAAGGCCUCUUUGAGAAGCCAUUGGUGUAAUUGUUUGUUAGAAACUCUUUAUGAAAGGCCUUGGGGUUUUUUUUUGUUUUGUUUUGUUUUGUUUUUUUUAUCUUUCCCCAUUUGUUUCCAAUUCAUGAGAUGACUGAACUUUUCUCUUGUGGAAAUAUUUGUCUCCCAUCUUGGGGCCCUGCUGCUGUAUAAUGCCAGCUAAACAUUUCUACCCAUAUUUACCCUUUCUCUUUGGUCUUCAUGGUGCUAGAUGUAACAAAUUAUUGGGGGGGAAAAUCAAUCAUUUCAUUAGUCUUUCAUUCCUUGCAGUGUAAGAAACGUCGUUAUUUGUGAAUUACAUAUGUACUUGACGGUUAAUGGGUAGAGAGCCCUGUAAUGUUUUGCAUUUUUUGCAAGCAAAUUCAGGUAUGGAGAAAGAAAAAUACCUUUUUUUUUUCUCUGCUAUAAUAUCAGACACUACUUGAGCUCAGUUCACUUUGCAUCUCCGCUUUUACAUAUUUUGACAGGUUUGGAUGACUUUUUUUUUUUUUUUUUUUUCCCCUAAUUUCUCCGUGCUGUGGUUGCACGUAUUAUGUACCGCUCUUAGAGAUUCUGACCCCUUACAAUCGCCCAAGAAAAAUCUUUUCCAACCACAGGUUUUAAGAGGCAAAGUUUAUUGCUAGGACAAAUUCUGCUAAAUGCAUCUUGGCCACAAAUGACGGAUCUUUACCUUUCAGCCAUCAGCCACCUAGCACUCAGCACCUUGAUGUCCCUUUAUAUUAGGACAUACGACAGCUCUGUUGCUUUCCAUCAUGAGGAAAAACAGAUAAACUGAUGCCAUUGUGUGUGUCUCGGACAUUGCUCAAGCUUUAUGGCUGUCAUAUUUAUUCCUGUUUGUAUUUAGAUUAUGGGAGUGUUUGUGCUUUCUACGCGGCCAAGGUCUCGUCAGAUCUUUCUUUUGUUUACAUCGUUCCCUCUUUCUCUCAUCUUUUUGACUUGAACAUUCAUUGAGGGUGAGUUCUUGCAGUGCAGCCUAUUUUAAGGUGGUGUGUUGAACCCGAUAUCCCUUUUUAUUAUGCUUUUAGUUCUUGUUUUAACUUGUAAACUGUGGCCACAUUAAACUCUUUUUCAUGACUAACUGCAAGUAAUUGCUUUCAGCGCUUGCUGGAAUACUAGCUAGUAUAUAAUAAACCUUUAUAAAGGAGCAGCAAUGGAGAGGGAAGCCUACACGCUGAUGUAUGAUAGCCCUCUUAGCCAAUCUGUGUGGUCAGUCCCUUUCCACUUUUUUUUUUUUUUUUUUUUUUUGGACGUCUAGAUCAUGAAACGAGCUGAUUUCAUCCUCCCCCCCCCCCUGAACUUGCAAGGAUUCUACCUCAGGCUGUUCAGAAUGACUGUCAAAGAAUACUAAUGCAAAUCCUAGAAGAAAAUACAAUAUUGCUUGGUCUUAAACGUCCUGAAUAGUUGGCCUGUGUGCAAUGAAGGAUACA